AAUCAGGAAGAUCAGAGUUAGAAAGGAGAAAAUAUAGCAGAAAAGCUCAGUUUCCUGUAGCAUAUCCAAAUGUUUUCCUCAUGUCUUUUUGCUUACUCUGGAUUCCAAACAGUCCCCAUCCCUUCAUCAAAUUAAAGUUUUUGCCCUUGGGUGCUAAAAACCCAUAAUUUCUAGGAAAGCAUUAAAAACAAUACAGGGAUAAAAGUAGUUGGGAGAAAAUACACAUUGGGUUUUCAGUGCUGGAGGAAAAGCUUGUAGAAUAAAGAUGAACUGGGUUUUUUUUAAAGGUUUUUAGGGUUUUUUUUCUUGUGGGUUCCUCCCUUCCUCCCUGAGGUUUAGAGUCCUAUGAAGUUGAGUUUCUCUCAGAGGGGAGAGAACAAUGAAAGGGAGGGAGAUCUAGCAUAUUGUCUGCAUUUUAAAUAGGCUGGUUUCUCUUUGAUAGAAAAUAAAUAGUAAAUUUGGAUUAGCUCUUAACUUCCUACUCUCAGAAGAAAUCACAAAUCUAGAGUUAAGUAAUGAAACCUCUCUAGGAAAAUCAAUGUAACGUGUAUCCAAGCUCAAUUUAUUCAAGAGGUCAGCUUUGUUGCUGCCCUGGCAUAGCUUGAAUUUAAUGAUUAACCUCUUAAUGACUGUUCAUGUAACUUCCAUCUGGUAUUUUAUAUAAGUGUAAGCCAAGAUGAUAACAGAAUGCUGUAGUAAAGCAGUGUCUGCUAUUCAGGGAAAAAUCUCAUUCCAAAUCCUGUAUGCAGCAUGCAUCAGCCCCAGUGAAACUGAGAGAAGCCCAUUAAGAAAUCCGAUUAGCUGUCUGCUCUCUAGUUUCUUGUGCAGCCAACCACUCAACAGAAUUCUUCAGCCUCUUGUUUCAAAAGACCUUGGACAAUCUUCUGCUGUUCCACUCCCUUUGGUCCCACAUUUCAGCAAAAAAAAAGAUCCAAAGGGGAGGAUGAGGCAGCUUAGAGGAAAACCCAAAAAAGAGACCUCCAAAGACAAAAAGGAGAGAAAACAGGCAAUGCAAGAGGCACGGCAACAGAUCACCACCGUGGUGCUUCCCACACUGGCUGUCGUAGUACUGCUGAUUGUCGUUUUUGUUUAUGUAGCGACUCGUCCAAAUACAACUGAAUGAUGCAGCUUUUCAGACUCUCUAGCUUUGGGAUAUUAAUUUUACCAAGAGCCAAAAGGAACUCUCUGCCACUCUUCUAGUACUUUGCAAAGAAUCUUGCUGGUAUUUUCAGUCUUUCUCUUGGCUAGGGUCCCAUGGAUUCUCUUUAGGAAUGUAACAUAAAACGUAUUAGUGAAUGUGCCAGUACGUUUUAUGGCCCAGUUAUGUGCCUUUCAGACUUUUAAAAAUGGUGUUUUUCUUAAAGCUGUUUGAAGCUCUAUAUUGUAAAAGGAAAUCGUGUUCUGCUAUAAAUUUGUAAAAAAUCAGCUUUCAGCUUUUAUCACUGUUACGGAUAAUGUUGCUCCCAUGAGCUCUUGUAUGUCUAUUUCAGAACUUCCAAAGAAGUACAUUUCUUCUUUGUACUUAAUGUCAUAUGAAGUGCUUUGAUUCAGAAAGGAUAUAUUUAUUUUUUGAAUAAAAGAAGUCUUACUUGGAAUCUUCAAAUUAUUUUGAAAAAAAAAAGUGACAUUGUGAAAGCCUACAUUGUGUAAUAAUUUUUUCAUCAACCACUAUAUAGUUCACUCAAAAAGUAUUUCUUUUUGGUGCGAGAUACCAACAUGCAAAGUGAAUACUUCAGGAUCUGCUGGAUGGAAUUUUACAGAAUUUGGACAGGGAGAUUCUGCCAGGUUAUGGUGAAGUAACUAAUAACAAACUUCAUAAACACAGAUAGUUGCUUAUCUGAAUGUUCAAUAUUUGAAACUGUGUAAGUGGCAAUAAAAAGGUGGUUUUGCAUAUAGCUCUUGAUUAUUUCUUUUAUUAAAACGGGAAAAGUAA